AUGUCGGCGGCCCAGCCGGACGAGGAUGCGGAGUACACUCCGCAGCAGCCUCCUUCGCUGAAUGGCGUGUACGAACGCAGCCGGCAGUCGUUCCACUUGAGCAAGCCUGAGAUCACGCAGCAGGAUGGCGAGAGCGCCGCUUCGAGCGCCGAGCAGCAGCUCGACGAGGAAGCGGCGGCGUCCGACGGGCGCCUGCGGAGCAUUACCAACCAGCUUGCCCAGACGGCGGUGGGUGUGCGCGAGAUGAGCAAGCAACUCGUGCGUGCGCGUGUCCAUUCGAAUGUCGAGAGCGUAUUGAUCAUUACCAAAGCGCGCGACAACCAUUUGGUGAGCCUGACGCGCGAGAUGGCGAUCUGGCUCAUGACGAUACCGCGUGAAAACAACGACCGGGGAUUGAUUGUGUAUGUCGACGCGCAGCUGCGGCACUCGAAGCGCUUCGACGUCGCACGCAUGCAGGCCGAGCACCCCGAGAUCUUUGAGCCGAUUAGGCCGCAGCGGCGCAUGCCCGAGGGGCGCAAUAUGGCCGGCGAAGGGCAGCUGCGGUACUGGACCGCAGACCUGUGCUGCUCUGCGCCGCACCUGUUCGACUUUGUGGUGACGCUCGGCGGCGACGGCACGGUUCUCUUUUGUUCGUGGCUCUUUCAGACCAACGUCCCGCCCGUGAUCCCCUUCUCGCUCGGGUCGCUGGGCUUUUUGACGCCGUUCAACUUUGACGAGUACAAGACCUCGCUGGGAUCCGCCGUGCAGAAUGGCGUGCGGCUGAAUAUGCGUAUGCGCUUCCGCGCUACGGUUUAUCGUGCCAUCCCCCCGAGCGACCCCGGUGCGAGCCGGUACCGCCGCAAGGCGAUCAAGUCGCGCGACACGGGCGAGAUUAUUAUGCGCAACAUUGAAGAGGACGGCUGGCACGCAAUUGAAGUCGCGCCGACCGCGCGCGAGGGGCCGGCCGACACGUCCAACACGCGGCCGCACAAGGACAAAGUGGUCCACUGCUUUGGCACGCGCCCGGUCGAGACGUUUGAGAUUCUCAACGACCUCGUCGUGGACCGUGGGCCGAGUCCGUUUGUGAGCAUGCUCGAGGUGUUUGCGGACAACAACCACCUCACGACCUCGCAGGCCGACGGUCUGUGUAUCUCUACACCCACCGGGUCCACCGCCUAUUCCCUUUCUGCGGGCGGCUCGUUGGUCCACCCCGAAAUCCCUGCGAUUCUGAUCACCCCCAUCUGUCCCCACACGCUAUCCUUCCGGCCGAUGCUGCUGCCGGACAGCAUGGAGCUGCGUAUUUCUGUGCCCUACCACUCCCGGAGCAACGCAUGGGCGUCGUUCGACGGCCGGGGGCGCAUCGAGAUCCAGCGCGGCGACCACAUCAAGGUCACUGCGUCGCCCUACCCCUUCCCCACGGUCAUGCCCGAGGACCAGCCGAGUCCGUGGUUCGACUCGGUUUCGCGCACGCUCAACUGGAACCAGCGUCAAAAGCAAAAGAGUUUCGUGAUGGUCGAGGAGAACGUGCCCGCAGCGCGCGGUGCCGAGAACAAGGCGUCGGCGCCGCGGCAGAGCGUCGACCGCAUACCGGUCGCCGAGGAAGACGACCGGCGGUCCCCGUCGCCCUCCUCCAGCAGCGACAGCGAGAACGACGUGCCGGAGGAUUUUGAUAUUGACGACCACUCGACGACGGGAUCGCGCGUGAAUACGUGGGAUCAGUCGCUGGCGUCCGGCGCCACGCCGACGUCCAACUCCGCGAUCCAGCGCGAGUUCAUGUCGGCGGUGCAGCCCAUGACGAGCAUGUCAUCGUCGACCAGCAAAGUCGCAGAAACCCCCGCAUCGCUGCCUCCGGAUGCUUUUACGCCUGACCGUUUUGGUUCCGCGGGACCCCCUCACGCCCCGAGUCCGCUUAGCCGGCGCCAUUUGGCGGCGGUCGAUUUCCGUCUACAGGAUGCCCUAAAAUCGGGGGACACCAAGGCGCAGCCCUCCCCCGAUGUGGCAAUGGCCCCUACGCAUUCUUCCGACAGUCAGUGUCCGCAGGCGAUUGUGGUGUACGGCCAUGACGACACGGACGACUCGGAGGAGUCCGACGCACCGUAG